AUGGUGAACAGGAGGCAGAAUGGCAACCUGCUUGUGCACCUGGGACCCAAGCUGCAGGCUUACCCGGAGGAGCUGCUCCGGCAGCGGCGAGGCCACGACGGCCGGCCGGAGUACCUGAUCCAGUGGAGUCUGGUCAGCUUGGAAGAGAGAGCAGUGGGAGGCGGCAGUGCCUCCUCUGCAGAGGCCAAGCCGGAGAACAUCUCGCUGUGGAUGUCUGCAGAAGAGGUGUGCGCCAGCUGCCCGGCGCUGCUGGGCGAGAGGAAGCUGGCAGGGCAGCGGGUGAAGGAGGAGAAGGCAGCCGGCCCGUUGGCCUCGGACGUCCCGCUGGAUGUAGCCUCGCUGCUGGAGAUGAAGGCUGACGUCAGGAGCCUGGUGCAGCGAGCCGGGCGGCAGAUGGCCGAGACCGGGGCCCCCGAGUCCUCCGUCCUCAACACCAUCCAUGUGCUGAGCGCCUACGCCAGCAUUGGCUCGCUGGCAGGUGCCUUCAGGGAGACGGGAGCCCUUGACUUGCUGACGAAGAUGCUGUGCCACAAGGAGAAGCAAAUCCGCCGCAGCGCCGGCAAGAUGCUGAGGGCCCUGGCUUCCCGUGACGCAGGGAGCCGGGCCUACGUCCUGCUGUCCCUGAGCCAGCAGGAUGGAAUUGAGCAGCACAUGGACUUCGACAGUCGCUACACCUUGCUGGAGCUGUUUGCUGAGAUGAUGUCCUCUGAAGAGCACUGCAUGUCCUUUGAGGGGAUUCACCUUCCCCAGAUCCCCGGGAAGCUGCUGUUCGCCCUGGUGAAGCGCUACCUGUGUGUCAGUUCUCUCAUGGACAAGCUCAGCAGCGACCUGGAGCAGGGAGGGGAGCAGCAGGACUGCGCCGUGCCCAGCCCGCCUCCUGAGGAGAGGAGCCGCCUGAAGCAGGAGUUUGAAUUCAGCAUGGCUAUGGCCAACCUCAUCCUGGAGCUGGUGCACGUGAUGGGCUGGGACCACGGCCACAAGCCGGAGCCGCUGCCCCAACGGGAGCUGCAGCCUCGCGCCACCCGCUCCAUCUUCCA